CAAUCACAGUCUUUUCACCAUAGCCAUCAAAAAUCAUCAACAUCUCUUCUACCAGCAGUUGAUCAUGUUUCUGAACAACUGAAAACAGCCCUUGAUGGUUUGAUCCCGGAUAGUGUCACCCGACUGGUAAGGACAGAUGACUUCAUAUGUAAAUAUGGUGAUCAUAUUUUCGAACAAGCUGGAUACCUACACAAAUCCGCAAAUUAUGUUUCACAAAAAAAUGCGGGAACUUGGGAGAUUGUUGCAGGAGUGCAAGCUACAUGAUGUGAACAGUGAAAAGUUCAAUGCAUCAGUAUAUCUUAUUGAUCCAGGAAACUUUGAUGAUGUCAUUAAAGGUGUGAAGAGACUUGCUGGAUUCAAUGUCAAAACAAUGGAGUUUACUACGCCAACUCUAGCAAAGAAGGUUGGACACAGCCUGAGAGGCAUGUCUGAGGUGUUGCAUGCCAUAGGAAUAAAGAAAAGUGAUCAUACCAUGCAGGGAACAGCAAAAGGUUUCCAGAACCUCUAUGAUCAUGAGUGGUCGAAGAAAAUUACUCGCCAUGUUCUUCGCCAAAUGAAGAAGACAAAGUGGCAGAAAGGAAAGAACAUCCCAUUCACUGAGGACACGGUAAAGCUUAAUGAGACACUUGCAACAGAUAUGGAGGAAGCCAAGACCAAUUUGCAGCAAGAGGUUAACAUAGAAAAUUGGAGGGGGCUUUGUGAAGUAACUCUUGCGCAAGCAAUAGUAUUCAAUCGCAGGAGGCCUGGAGACACUCAGCAUCUAGAAGUACAGGAUUUCAAGUCACAAAUGAAGGAAGGAAUCAUGCAACAUGAUGAGAUCUUCGCGAGUCUAUCCCCUGCUGAGAAAAUAGCAGCAAGUCGUCUGAAUCUUGUUAUGGUGCGCGGGAAAAGAGACAGGGGAGUUCCAAUUCUACUGACAAAAGAAAUGACAGAGUGUGUUAACAUUCUGAUUGAACAACGAGACAGAGUUGGUAUCAAUGAAGACAAUCCAUUUGUCUUCGCUUGCCUAGGCAAUUCACUGAACCCCUUAAGGGGUCAUGAUUGUAUCAGAAGAUUUGCUUCAAGUUGUGGGGCAAAACAUCCAGAUCUUCUGACUGCAACAAAGGUGAUAAAACAUAUUGCAACAUGUUCUCAAGUUCUCAAUUUGUCUGGCAAUGAACUUGAGCAGUUAGCAAACUUUCUUGGUCACAACAUCCACGUCCAUCGAGAGUAUUAUCGCUUGCCACAGGAAACAAUUUUCCUAGCAAAAGUAAGCAAAUUACUUCUUGCUGCCGAGAAGGGAAAUCUUAGCACUGAACUCAGUGUGGACAUGUCAGUGAAGGAGGACAACUUAGGGAUUGGGAGUGACUGUGAAGCUGAGGUCAGUCAUGAAGCCGAGGCUGACCUAGAUGCUGAGGACAACCUACAAAGUGCAGAUGACAGCAUGAAUGAAGAUGAUGAUGAUAAGAAUAAAGAAUGCUUGAAUGAGAACCAAGGGGCAUGUCCCAAGCCUGGUGGCGUCAAGCCUUUUGAUAGAAAGAGAAAAAAAUCUGUAGGGAAAAGUUCUAAUAAGAGAGACAUGUCUGUACUUUCUAAGCGUAAGAAAUCAAACGGGAGAAAAACAUGGUCUAAAGAGGAAGAAAAAGCAGUCUUCAGUCAUCCAGAUUGUUCCUCUGCAAUUGCAAAUAUGUGUCCACCUUCGUUUGCGACUUGUGCUAGAAUCAAAGAUAAAAGCAAUUGCUUGAAAGACAGAUCAAUUAUUCAAAUAAAAUCAAAGAUCUGGAAUGCAAUUUUGAAAGAAAAAAACAGAGACAAAUGAUGAGCAAUGUGAGUAAUUAUAGUUGCUUAAAGUGAUAAAAUGUGAAAAUUCCCUAAUAUGACAAUUGUCAUACCGGUUUUAUAUCUGUAACCCUAGUGAAGCCAGAACUUAACCAUGAAAUAGGGUAAAGAGGUAUGUUUGGAUAACCAUCAUCCUCAUGGGGGCACAGAUUUCUGCAAAAAGAUAAGCCAUAUUACUGGCUUUUUGUGUAGAGCUGGUGUUGCUGAGUAUUGAUAUAUAUACUUAUAUAUUUAUAUAUGUACGUAGUAAUCAACCGAAUGUGAAUCUUUAACAGUACUUCAAGGGUGGCAGCUGUAGACAAUGUAUGUA